AUGGACGAUCAGUUUGACAGUAUAAUGAAUCGAAUCCGCGCCCGGCAGACAGAGUUGACGGGCGAGGAGGCGAAAGAGAAUGUAGUUCAGUCGAGGAAGCCGGUGCUGAAGCAGGAAGAUCCGGCACCCCCCGCAAAAGUGUUCGGUCUCUCCUCAAAUGCAUCCGAAAAGUCUCCAGUUAAUUUCCGACAACCCGCACCCAAGGAAUCCACUCCAAACUGUUCAUCAACGUUUCACGACACUGAAAACUCUGAAAAUCAAUCGUCAACCACGAAAAAGCCGUCGAGAUUCUCAAUGUUGGCUCAAGAGAUUGAUGACUACGAAUACGACUAUCAGAGUCAAUACAACAAGCCAAAAGAGGCGUUUAUGAAGGGAAGAUCACCGAGAAUGUCGAUUGGAGAGACACGAUCAUCUGUAUUGAAUACACCAGCUGGCGCUGCUUCGUUAAGAAGUCCAAAUAUCGCUCAAUCGUCGAAAAGUGCUCCGGAAGUGUCGAAAAAUGGACCCGAAAUCGCCCUGGGCCGUUCGGAUUUCGAAGCUCGCCGCAUAAAAUUCGCUCAACCAAUAGUAAAUGUCAAUUACCUUCCCAACGAGUCGUCCAUCUUCUCCGGCGGCUCAUCAGUCAACGAUAUGUCGACAGUUCUCGGUGGUUCUGCUGAAAUGAUGAAUGUGACGACGUCCUCGUUGAGUUGUGGAGAGUUGUCAAUGAAUCAACAUAUUACUCACGAGAAUACUGUAAUUAAUGCUCAAUCUUGUGAUAAUCGAGAGGCGAUUCUACAGGGACGGCUCGCGGAGCAGAACGACGAGUACGGAGCACACACUUUUAUGAGAAAGAAAGUACAAGCUCCGCCCACAUCGACCACCGCAGCCACGUCAUCAUCUACCGUAUCCACAUCCACGUCGACGACGACGACAUCUACAGUACCUCUCUCACGACCCACCAACAUUCACACACUCGUCUCGUCGCCUAAACCGUUUUCGAAAGACGCAAUUGGGCGGAGCAUGUUCUCACCUGUUCACUUUACCCCCAAAAGUACAUCAUCACCGAAGACUCAACAAGCCCCGCCCCCAACCGAAUCUGUAAUGUCACCAUCGAAAUCGGCGGCUCUCGAGGGGUCGGUGGCGACGACGAGACGGUUGCAAUUCGAGGAGAAACUAAAAAAUAGUGGUGCUAACUAUACUGCUCCUGUCCCUACACCUCGUCACGUGGCGCCUGUAUCUGCCCCUAUCUUGAAUACUCCACACUAUCAUCACGCUCCUCAACAAAAGAAGAAUCUUUUCUCCCAACCGCCCAUCUCAUAUACUCCUCUUACUACUCCUCCUAUUCAACAACCACUCGUCGCCACAGCUCCCCUUCCCGUUCAAACUCAAUGGAGAGGACAAGCGAACACUCCGGUUGUACAGGGAGCACGUGCCGAUGAGAAGACGGCUGGAACAGUUCCACUUGUUGGAGCCUCAGUUGGAAAGUUGAAGAAUCUGAAGUCUCGAUGGGAGUUCUCAUCGGCGACGGGCACCCCGAUACAUCCGGAUGCGACGGAGGACUCGCUCAUUGCCACUGCGAUCAAGAUGAAGGAGACGGCGAUUCCGACACGGAUUGGAUUCCGGCCGGCGGGGAGAAAAGGACCGUCUGCAUCGUCGAUUCACUCACAGAAUCAGGCGGAGAAUAGGAAUUAUGAUGGGUAUCAGGAGGAGGAGGAUGACGACGAUGAUGAUGUGUUUGUGGAGGAAGAUUCGGUGUCUGGCGAUAAUGUGGCGACUGGAGAUGUUGCAGACACCUCGAAGUUCAUUGAUCAUGCAUUCGGAUUCAUUGAGGGACCUGGGACAGACACUCCGUCUCCUUAUAGAGAUGCUCCAUUGGCUUCUCAUGAUAAUUCGAUGAUGUCACCACUGAAGACGUUGAGACAAAAAGCUGAAAUUAUUGAGGAAGAAGAGGUGGAGUCUUCUGAGCCAGAAGAGGAAGAAGAAGAAGAGCCUCCGGUUGAAGAGGAUUCAGAAGAAGACGUGACGGAAGUACCGAAUCCACGUAGAUACGAAGAACAGCAGAAGAAGGAGGAGCCGCCAGUGUACCGACAGAAUGAUUCUCAACUCGCCUAUUCUGUCUCAUUCUAUCGGAAGAUACAAAGAGAUCGUGUCGGCGAGUCAUCUGGAGCACAACCACUCUCAUCUGUAUCUCCGUCAGCCCCCGUCGCAUCACUGACGUCUCCACAAAAGUUGAGACAGUUGACGUCUUCUAACGGACAAAACGGAAACUUCUCAUCGCCUGGACGCUUCGUCGAAACCGUUAAAGGAGCGAUGGAACGUCUUCAAGGUGCGAUGAAAAUCGAGGAUAAACUCGUUACGCAAUCGCAGAGAGCACUGGCUCGUGCCCGAGAAGAACCCAGUUUCCGUGGGUCUCGAGAGGAAUUCGAAGCUCAGAGAGCGUAUUUGGUGCACAUGGAAAAGUACCGAGCGAUGGCGAUUGAGAUGAGACGAAUCGAGCAUGAAGGAGUUAAGAUAAUCGACGGUCCGCGAGGCACUGUGUCAAUCACUCAACUCACUGUUAACAUUGAUCGGAACUUUGUCGCCCAACACAUCGCCUCGGCCAAGAAGUCAGAAGACGUCUUCUAUUUCAUAGCGAUACUCAAGUACGGUGAACAAGUCGACGUCUCCAAGAUGGUCACCUCCGACGGUGGACUCAAUCGACGUGGCACUCUCGACUUCCCGACUCCUCUGAAACUCACUGCAAUUCCGUCGGAUUUCCGUGCUUCCGUCGAGAUUUAUGGACAACAAUCGAUGCGGGAAUCGACGACUCACGAGGACAAAUUCAAGCUGAAAAGUUCGACGUUGAAGCCGAAGAGUCGUGGUACGUUCCUUGGUGGUGGAAGCACUUCCUCGGCAGCCGCCGCUGCUGCAGCAGUUUCAGCGAAUCAAAGUCUCUACGCCGCUCCUCCAAUCGGCAACUCGACGAACGCCAUCACCAACGAUAACGUGACGAAUUUCCAACUACUCGGCGAGUUCUCGUUUGACAUCACGUGCCCCGGAAAAUAUGUGUACAAACUGUCAAAUACGGUCUACCCGAUUGCCGGAGAGGUUCAAAUGAAGGUAAAGAAGCACGCGGUCGACGGAGCGGACAUUCUCUUCCGUGGAUUCCUUUCGAUGUAUCAACGAACGAACGAGGGACUUGGAUCGUGGACACGAUACUGGUGUGUACUCGAGAACGGGGAGAUGAAAUUCUGGAGGCAGCCGGAGGAUGAGGGAACCAAGGGUUACCUAGUCCUGAUGGAUCUGAGUACGUGUUGCCGGUCGGAAGGUGCUUCGACAGUCAACGACAUCUGCCCAUUCCCCAAUAGUUUCCAUAUCGACGUGUGGGCGCCGAAAGACGAUCCAGAAGAGCCACGUGGAAUAAUGCAAUUGAGAGUGAUGCUUGCCGCCGACACGACCCAGGACCUCCAGAAGUGGCUAUCCGUCAUUAAUUCGACAUCGAGACAGUUGUGCACGUGGAGAAAUCCAAUUCAGUAG